AUGUCAACACACGGGUCCCGCUUUAUGAGAUUCGAAGGCACCAUCAUACAUCAGUACGCCGUACCGUCUGGCCAUACCACUUCUGUUGAUCUUGUCCGCAAUCAGAGCUACAAUACAAAGCCAUCAGCAGGUGUUAAGCGUACCAUUGACGAAGUUCAUGAUGUUCAAUUGGGUCUUCCAAUCCACGGCCAAUCAUCAGUCCAACCGCCACAGACCGUUGACGCGCCUCUUAUCCGUCGCGAUCGCCGUCCACCUCGCAUUCAAGCCAGCCGUAUUACUAGAGUAGAUGGCAGUGAUGAUAGCAAAGCUGCCGUCGAUGACGCACCCGUUCAUCUACCUUCGAUCAAAUCAUCUACUCCAGGCCCUUCACAAAACCCCUUCCUCAGCCUUCGACAUCCGAGAUAUGCUUUACCCUCCCAGUUAGUUGACAAUUUCGAAUCGCUCGGUGUGCGCGCCAUAUACCCAUGGCAGUCGUAUUGCCUAUUGGGCCGGGGAUUGCUGACGGGGGAACAAAACCUGGUGUAUACGGCUCCCACCGGUGGAGGUAAGUCAUUGGUGGCAGAUGUCAUUCUGAUCAAACGAGUCAUUGAAGAUCCUACAACGAAAGGGAUUUUGGUCCUCCCCUACGUCGCUCUCGUCCAGGAGAAGUUGAAGUGGCUUCGUGCUCUGGUGGAUAAGGUAGCCAAAGAAGUCGGCGACAGCCCUAGUGGCGUGCCAACACCGACAUGGCGCCGGCCAAGCCCAUUGGUUCGAGUCGGCGGGUUCUUUGGUGGGAACAGACUGAACAUCAACUGGUCAGAUUGCGAUAUCGCCGUCUGCACCAUUGAGAAAGCCAACUCGUUGGUCAACAGCGCCAUUGAUGAAGGCAAAUCCGGCGAAAUAGGCGUGGUGGUUCUCGAUGAAGUUCACAUGAUCAACGAUGAACAUCGGGGAUACCUCAUGGAACUCCUUGCCACGAAGCUGAUGUCGCUUGCUUCUAGGGACAAGAAGGUUCAGAUCGUAGGUAUGAGCGGCACCCUACCAAAUCCACAAUUACUGGCCCAAUGGCUGAAUGCGAAAUAUUAUAUCGCAAACCACCGUCCAAUUCCCAUCGAGGAACAUCUCGUGUAUGAGAAUGCCAUCUAUUCCACAGCGAACGCAAAAGAAUUCUUCCGCACAGCAAGUCAGUUGGCUGCUGGUGAUGCACUUCCAACACCACGACCAAGGCCACAGCGGGCGAUUGCUAAAUCAAAGCACCCGGAGCUCGGGAACUCGACACCAAAUGCCGUUAUCGCAUUGGCUGUUGAGACUGCCCUUGCUGGACAAGGUGCGCUGAUAUUCUGUGGUAGUCGAAUGAGUGUGGAGAACACAGCACUCUUGGUUAGCAGUGCUCUGCCUACUGAUCACCUUGAUGGAGACGCUUUGGACAGGCGGCAAGACUUGCUGGCAUCGCUAUGUGCACUUCCUGGUGGAUUUGAACCCUCGUUUUCCAAGGUCAUUCCAUGCGGAGUCGGCUUCCACCAUGCAGGAUUGACCACUGAAGAGCGAGAGCUCGUUUGCGGAGCAUAUGACGCAGGGAUCCUGCGUGUGAUGGUGGCGACGUGCAGUCUCGCCGCCGGCAUCAAUCUCCCGGCAAGGAGGGUGAUACUAUAUGGGCCUCGAAUGGGCCGAGAGCUGGUGGGUCCUGCGAUGCUUCGACAGAUGCGGGGACGUGCUGGCCGCAAGGGCAAGGACGAAGUCGGCGAGACUUACCUUUGCUGUCAGAAGACCGAUCUGGAGGCUGUGGCAGAAUUACUCGAGGCGGAAAUGCCUCCGGUAGAAAGCUGCCUGACACCUGAGAAGCGAGGGUUCAAGAGAGCUCUUCUCGAGGUCAUUGGUACCCGAAUGGCGUCCAGUGUGACAUCGUUGAACGAAUAUGUCCGCUCAUCGCUGCUUUGGCAUAGCAUUGAUCACUCACAAGUCGCGGAAAUGGUCGACACGGCGAAGAAGGCGUUACUCCAGGAUGGAUUGCUUCAAGAGGGAGAAUACGAUGGUUGCCUCGAACCGACCAGACUGGGAACUGCCGUCGUUGCGUCUGGUCUCGGUCCCGAGGAUGGGGUUUUUGUCUACUCUGAACUGCGCCGAGCGCUCGAAUCGUUCGUCAUGGAUGGUGAGAUGCACAUAUUUUAUCUUUUCACCCCAGUUCAGACUAUGGGGCUCGCGGAAAUCUCAUGGUUGACUUUCCGAAACCAACUGGAAGGUCUCGACGACAGCGGGAUGCGUGCGAUGCGACUUAUUGGUGUCAAUCCAGCUUUUGUCAACCGGCUUGUCAAUAGCGGUGCCCAGCUAAAGGAAAAUACGGCUGAAGAGAUACAUUUGGCGCGAAUCUAUCGCAGGGCAUAUUGCGCGUUCCAGCUCCGAGACCUCUGCAAUGAGAUGCCAAUUCACGAGAUCAGCCUCAAAUAUUCCGUGCCACGGGGACAAGUGCAGACACUGGCUCAAAGCUGUCACGGAUUUGCAGCGGGGAUGAUCAAAUUCUGCGAGAGGAUGGACUGGGGAAUGCUGGGGGCUGUGCUGGAACAUAUGCUCGACCGUCUCCGUGCGGGCGCUCGGGCCGAUCUCCUGGAGAUGGCUCAGAUAGCAUUCGUCAAGAGCCGCAUGGCCCGAUUGCUGUGGGAGAACGGUUUCAAGAGUGUUCGAGCUCUGAGCGAGGCCGAUCCGCAGGCACUGGUACCGAUCAUGUUGCAGGCGCACACUAGGAAAACAAAAUUGCAGGGCGAGGCAGCCGCCAAAUUCAGAGAAAAGUUAUUGUCCAAGGCAGAGAUCAUAGUCGGCAGCGCGAACAGACUGUGGGAGAGACAACAAAUGGUCCGGUGGGAGGAAGAGUGA